CCCCUCCUCCCCCCAGCCCCAGAAGAGGAUCCAGACAGGGAGGAUGACUACGCCGACAUCCUGAUCUACGUGACGGGCUGCGUGCUCUUCAUCCUGGCCGUGGUCAUCAUCAUCCUGUGUCGCAUGAGGAUGGCCACCCAGAAGACCCCGCCCACCCCGCCUGUACAGAAGCUCUCCAAGUUCCCCCUCAAGAGACAGGUGUCCUUGGAGUCCAACUCCUCCAUGAAUUCCAACACCCCAUUGGUCCGCAUCGCCCGCCUGUCUUCCAGUGAUGGACCAAUGCUGGCCCACGUGUCAGAGCUGGAGCUUCCCUCCGACCCAAAGUGGGAGUUCUCCAGAAGCAGGCUGACCCUGGGCAAGCCCCUGGGGGAGGGCUGCUUUGGCCAGGUGGUGAUGGCUGAGGCCAUCGGCAUCGACAAGGAGAAACCCAACAAGCCGCUCACUGUUGCUGUGAAGAUGCUGAAAGAUGAUGCCAGUGAUAAGGACCUGUCCGAUCUGGUAUCGGAGAUGGAGAUGAUGAAGAUGAUUGGGAAGCACAAGAAUAUCAUCAACCUGCUGGGGGCAUGCACACAGGACGGACCCCUGUAUGUGCUGGUGGAGUACGCCUCCAAGGGGAACCUGAGGGAGUACCUGCGUGCCCGCCGCCCCCCUGGUAUGGACUACUCCUACUCCUUUGAUACCUGCAAGAUUCCUGAGGAGCAGCUCACCUUCAAGGACCUGGUCUCCUGCGCCUACCAGGUGGCCCGGGGAAUGGAAUACCUGGCCUCGCAGAAGUGUAUCCAUAGAGACCUGGCCGCCAGGAAUGUUCUGGUGACGGAGGACAACAUCAUGAAAAUUGCUGACUUCGGCUUGGCCAGAGACGUGCACAACAUAGACUACUACAAGAAGACCACCAACGGUCGUCUGCCUGUGAAGUGGAUGGCUCCCGAGGCUCUGUUUGACAGGGUGUACACCCACCAGAGCGACGUGUGGUCGUAUGGAGUGCUGCUGUGGGAGAUCUUCACCCUGGGGGGGUCUCCCUACCCAGGCAUCCCAGUGGAGGAGCUCUUCAAGCUACUGAAGGAGGGGCAUCGCAUGGACAAGCCUGCCAACUGCACCCACGAACUGUACAUGAUCAUGAGGGAGUGCUGGCACGCUGUCCCCUCUCAGAGACCUACCUUCAGACAUCUGGUGGAGGACCAGGACCGUGUGCUCACCAUGACCACCACAGACGAGUACCUGGACCUGUCCGUGCCGUUCGAGCAGUAUUCCCCAGCCUGCCAGGACUCCAGCAGCACCUGCUCCUCCUCGGGGGAUGACUCUGUGUUUGCCCCCGACCCCCUCCCUGACCACCCCUGCCUCACCAAGCAGCACCAGACUAACGGGGUCGUCCGGACUUAAACUCCGGGAGUGGGGGGUGUGUGGUGGUCGGGAUCUGCUCCCCACCUCCUCCUCGCCACAUGGCAGCAAUACUCCCCAGUCUCCUCCUCCUGCCAGCCCUGCCAACUGGGCGGAGGAAGAGUCUGAUCAUUUGAAGGAUGUUUCUUUUUUUUUCUUUUUUUUUUCUUCAUCAAAGAUUAUAUUUUUUUACUUGGCCAGUGUUUUGGUAUUGACAGAGUAUAGGGAGAAACCAUCUGUGCCUAUAGAGAACAGAGGAUCAGACCAUGGACACUGGACAACACUGGUAACGUGCAAUGUACCAGCAGAGCCAGAAACCAAGUUCUUCCGAUGACACUCUGAUCUCACCCCCUCCUCAGCACAGCCGAAGCUUCGGUCUUCCUGGAACAGAGACUAGUGUUUUAGUCAAGGUUGUUGAUAGGAGUGACACUUAGCAUUGGGGGUUUUAUAUGCAUCUAAAAUGUUUUUAUUUGUAAAUAUAUAAAUGCAAAUAUGUAUCAUAUUGCUGGCAAAACAGCCAUGUGCUUAAAAUGAAAACAAAUGUAAACGUUUUAGAAUCAAAGCAUUGCAAUCUAGAAUACACUGUCUUGCUCAUGUAAACAUUUAUUCAUUUAAAUUGAUAGAAAGGGUUUAUUUGAUUGAUUAACAUGUAUAUUUGUAAAGAUAUUUAUAGACUUAACAUGUGUUUCUAAAGUUUGAGAAACACAGUUUAGAAGUUUUGUAAUGUAUGCAAAGAUUUUUAUUUCAAUUUUGUAACUUAUUUUACAGCAGAACAGCAUUAUUGUUUUCACAUCUGGCUGAUUUCACUUCUCUGGUUUUUAAUCCAUAUUUUGUUUACAGUCAAGUGAAUGUAGGGAACAUGCAGACAAGCAAAAACCCAGAUUUACAUCAUGAAAGUAAAGGAUGGGAUUGAGUGUUCACCUUGUUCAAAAAGUUAAUGUGCAGUUAAUGUCCCUCUGUAGGGUUGAUAUGAAUGAAAACCUUCUAGGUGGUCCAUCCUUCACGUAGCAAAUCUCUGCUAAAGCAGUAACUACAUUGUGAUAAUAUUGUUCAUCAUGUGUCUGUCUGCUUGUCUGCCUGUCUGUCUGUCUGCCUGUCUAUCUGUUUGUCUGUCUGUAAGUCAUGUGCCAACACAGGGUGACAAUUUUAAGAACAAAAUGUUGAAAAAGUGCUAAAUGAUGCUACAGCAUAGUUAAUCAAGAAUGUGCCAAAUCAGUCUUAAUUGUAUUUAUCUAGGAGUGGUGUUAUGUGAAGCCAUCCUGCUCUGUGGUGGAAGCAGAGUCAUGUGGGCUGGGAGGGCAGGAGAGGAUUAUGGGAUUGGCAGAUGCCCUGAAUAUGCAGCCCUCUAGUUGACCCAAGACGGCCCUCUAGCUGACCCCAGACGGCCCUCUAGUUGACCCCAGACGGCCCUCUAGCUGACCCCAGACGGCCCUCUAGUUGACCCCAGACGGCCCUUUGCUGACCCCAGACAGCCCUUUGCUGACCCCAGACGGCCCUUUGCUGACCCCAGACAGCCCUUUGCUGACCCAAGACGGCCCUCUAGCUGACCCCAAACGGCCCUCUAGUUGACCCCAGACAGCCCUCUAGUUGACCCCAGACAGCCCUUUGCUGACCCCAGACGGCCCUUUGCUGACCCCAGAUGACCCUUUGCUGACCCCAGACAGCCCUUUGCUGACCCCAGACAGCCCUUUGCUGACCCCAGACGGCCCUCUAGUUGACCCAAGACGGCCCUCUAGCUGACUACAGACGGACCUCUAGCUGACCCCAGACGGCCCUCUACCUGACCCUAGACGGCCCUCUAGUUGACCCCAGACAGCCCUCUAGUUGACCCCAGACAGCCCUCUAGUUGACCCCAGAGAGCCCUCUAGUUGACCCCAGACAGCCCUUUGAAGGUGCAGUCACCCGAUACUACCUACUGGCUCCUGCUGGGAACCACAGCAGAUCCCAUGUCCAUGUGCUUCCUUUUCACAGAGCUGCCAUGGUUCCAUUCUAUAAGUGCCUGGAAUCUUUGAGGGGAUACAUUUAUUAGAUUCAAUCACGUUUGAAUGUUGGAGUGGACAGAACGCUGGAUCUGAUGAAGCUGGUGAGGUUGAUUUUUAUUCUUCCCCAGUGGGUAAAAGCUGUCCUUAUGGUAAGAGAACUUUACAACAAUCUGAUUAGCUUAUUUUUCUGGGGAGCCUGAAGUAGUUAUCGAGCAUUCCUGUGGAGUUAUCUGUCUGUCUGCUCUGGUCUGUUCCUGCCUGUGUGCUGAGGCCAAGCUUCAUACUUGGAAGUUACAGCAGUAUAACAGGAAGUUGCCGCAGAGUAACCGGAAGCUCCAGCAGUAUAACAGGAAGUUACAGCAGUAUAACAGGAAGUUAUAGCAGUAUAACAGGAACAUUGUGUUCUAAUGGGCCUCCAGCUGCUCCCACUGCAUAAUUAUUGUUGUAUUUAUCAAGCUGAGCCUGAGGUGAAAGUUUACAAGCUGAGCCUAAGGUGAAAGUUUACAAGCUGAGCCUGAGGUGAAAGUUUACAAGCUGAGCCUGAGGUAAAAGUUUAAACAGAUCUAGACUGGUAUCUAACAGGUGUCAAUGCGUAGCUCAUCAGUAUCACUACCUCCCUCACUUCCUGACUCCCCCUCUCCAACUCUGGCCCCACUGACUCACUCCCACAACUGACCACCUCUCAGCAACUCUGCUUUAGCCUGACAUUUGCUGAUUGUUGUUGGGCGGCAUUCACUUGCAGUAGUCAAACCUUUUCAGCUCAGUUCUGCUUGGUUCACUGCAGGUCUGAGAUAGAGAACAUGGUUUCUGGUCUCUGAAACGUAAUCUGUGUAUGAUAGGCUGUUUGUUUGUAGGUGUGGCCUGUUUGCAAUGUCAAUUCACUGCAGCUUUGACCCCAUGAGAUAUUAUAUCUUAAUUUAUAGUUGUAUGUACAUGAGGAGAGUUGAUAUAGCUGUGUGACUUCCUCUGUCUUAAAGAGCCUAAGGAAGGACAACUUUUCUUGACAGUGUCUUCUUACAUACUGCUCAUAUGUGCAUUCCACUUAGGGGUUUACAACAAUGAAGUAACUAAAUCACAUUCUCAAAUAGUUUCAUGGAACUAAUGAUUAGCUACCAAAAUAAUUGUUUCCUUCUUUUUUCCUGUCUUUAACAUAAUUAUGUGGAAAGGUGGAACUAACUACUGUUUGGUUAAAAUGUUUUUUUGUCCAUUUGCAUAACAAUUCUAUACAAGUAGAAUCCCCCCCAGGGAUUCCUUACUUCCUUACUUGCAGAUCUGCUCUGACAAACUACAGAAUGCUGUCACUGGGUUCCAAUAAACAUGUUACAGGUU